UGGCAACUAAUUGAUAGACAUCAAAAGUAUUAUACGCGUUUGCGAUUUUUUCGAUCAAGGGAAGAUAAUAAUCAUAAAAUUUAUUAAAAGCGAUUGUAAACAACGUCGCUCUAUUUAAUUGUUUAAAAUGGUCUAACUGACCAUAUUUUAAUCGAAGCAAUUGUUGGAUAUCUUUCAACUAUGUAACGUUGUGAUCGGAACCAAUUCAUUUCUCCUUCGAAGACGGUAUAUUUUGAAACCCUAUUGGUUUUAAUUCAGUACACAAGUUAGUUUGAAGAAAUCAAAGUCUGUAUGAACGGGUACAGGCUAGAAAACAUUAUUUUAAGGCUAAGGAAACCACACACCCUAAGAUCUUUCAGUAUAAGUAUAACAUUUUUUAAAAGAAAAACUUGCGGUAAUUCAGCUAUGGAUGAUUAUUUGAAUAAAGAAUAUGACUUGAAUCAAGAUAAUCAGAAACUUCCGAAGAAAUAUUACCGCCGUGCUGAACACAGUGUUAUUCUGAUGACGCCAGUUGUGUUUUAGCAUCGGAACUAGAUUGACUUAUCUCCGUGUUCGAAUAAAAUUAUAUAAAAAUGCCUGACGGUUUCGAAAGUGCAUAUCCGCUCUCACCACCUUUAAAACCGCAAGACAUACGCGCACGCGCGAAUUCUUCCUCCAAGAAAAAGCGGCCGGUGGUUACUUUUCUUGGCGAUGAAGCGGUAAUGAUACCUGACAAGUCUGAGGUCGGUAUAGACAAGCCCUUGGUCCGAGGCGAGGUUGAACUCGAUAGUAUCGCAGUAUCAUAUAAUACAAUGCAUUCGACGACGUGGUUUGACAAAAGAGUGCUUGAGCACAGAAUCUUUGUCAACAGAUCACUACAUUUAGAAAAUGUUCAGUUCUAUGGAUUUGAUAUGGACUACACCUUGGCGGAAUACAAAUCGCCGCAAUAUGAAACUCUAGGAUUUAAUUUGACAAAAGAGAGAUUAGUGCAAAAAGGUUACCCACAAGAAAUAUUAGAAUUUGAAUAUGACCCCUCAUUUCCAGUUAGAGGACUAUGGUUCGACACUUUAUACGGUAACUUGCUAAAAGUAGACGCCUAUGGUAAUAUCUUAGUAUGCGUACAUGGAUUUGAGUUCCUGAAACAUUCACAAGUAUACGAAUUGUAUCCGAAUAAAUUCUUAACAUUAGAUGAGUCAAGAGUAUAUGUACUGAACACGUUAUUCAACUUGCCGGAAACUUAUCUAAUAGCUUGUUUGAUAGACUUCUUCACCAAUUCACCGCAGUACACGAGAACAAAUUUCGGUGUAAGAUGUGGCGAUCUGGCUAUGUCAUUCAAAUCAAUUUUCCAAGACGUAAGGAAUGCGGUCGACUACAUUCAUAUUCAAGUCCUAAAGGACAGGACCACAGAGAAUAUGGAACUAUAUUUAAAGAAAGACGACAGACUGCCAAUGUUUUUGUCGAGGAUUAAGGAAAGCGGUGCCAAACUGUUUAUUUUAACAAAUAGUGACUACAAUUUCACAGAUAGAAUUAUGACUUACCUGUUUGAUUUUCCUUACGGCGCCAAGCCUGGUGAGCCUCACAGGAACUGGAAGACAUACUUCGACUGGAUCGUAGUGGACGCCAAAAAGCCCUUAUUCUUCGGCGAAGGAACCACGCUACGACAAGUGGACACGAAGACCGGGGCCUUGAAGAUGGGCCAUCACGUCGGACCUAUGCACGAGGAACUUGUGUAUUCAGGAGGUUCCUGCGAUGUAUUCACUGACAUGAUCGGAGCGAAAGGCAAAGACGUGCUAUACGUCGGCGACCACAUAUUUGGCGAUAUCCUCAAGUCGAAGAAGAUUGGCGGUUGGCGUACCUUCCUCAUUGUUCCCGAGUUAGUUCAAGAGUUACACGUAUGGACCGACAAAUGUCAGCUGUUUGAACAACUACAGGACUUAGAUGUUCAAUUAGGACAUAUGUACAAAGAUUUAGAUUCCAGUACAAAAGAGAAGCCGGAUAUCUCGAAGCUACGUAUUUCGAUUCGUGAUGUCACGCACAAAAUGGACUUGGCUUACGGCAUGCUGGGAUCUCUAUUCCGUUCAGGAUCUAGGCAGACUUUCUUCUCUUCACAGGUGGUGAGGUACGCUGAUUUAUACGCAGCGUCGUUCCUGAACCUGAUGUACUAUCCGUUCUGCUACAUGUUCCGCGCGCCCGCCAUGCUGAUGCCGCACGAGUCCACUGUGGCGCACGAACAACGAUUCACUUUCGACCAGCCUACCAUAGACAGGAGCAGGCAUUCGAGCGUCCCGACCAUGAUCGGCGUGACUGAUAUACCCAGUGAACUUUCGUCCACACACUCAGGAACCGAUAUGAACAAAGACAACAAAAAUGCCGUGGCGCAGACGUCAGUCCCGCACAUGCGGCCGGAGACGCCGCGCCAGCUCACGCACACACACGACGAGGACUGCUCCGACGACGACGAGGUCGCCAAGGCGCCGCACAAGUAGACUCCACUCCUAUAGUCUCCCGCUUCUCAACAUUUGCCUUCAAAUAACUUUGCAUCGCUUACUACAAUAAUGCGAAAGUCAGAAAUGGCAUUUAUGACGUUUUAUACAUCAUUGGCUCUCGUGCGUUAGGUGAAAUUUUGAAAUUAGCAACAUGAAGCUAAUUCGCACCUGUUUUUUUGUAAAAUAUCCAAUACUAUUUCAGGAAAAGUGAUUUAUAAGGCUUUCCCAAAAUUUUACUCAAGUUGUAGUUUGAUGCGCAUCUUUUCAUUUUUGCGCAGCAUUUGGAAGAGCAAAGUUAUUUGACAUGAGCCUGUACACAAGGGCUAGCCUUCAUAACGGUGAACUCCCGAUGAUGUUCAUAAUCAAACAAUUCAGGAGUGCUCAUGUUAUGAGGUGAGCAGUGUAAGGUUACGUUCAUGCUUAGUAUAUCGCGUGGCGAUGGCUUAAAUAAUAAUUGAAGUAUUAUCAUCCAUGGUUGAAAUUACUUGAAAUGAUAUAUUUCUCACAAUGGAUAUUCAAUUCAUUUAUUUAUAAGUGACUUUUACUAUAACACAGUUCCGAAUAAUAAUUAUGGUUGAAUGAGGCUUGAAUUAUUAUGCAGAUCACGAGUUUUAUUAUUAUACUUACGUUUUUGUUAAAUUUUAAGAUUUUAGUUGUUUUAUAUUUCUUUAUGAUAAAUCUUAUAAUUAUAUUUGCAAUUAUUUAGAUCGACUUUAUUUACAGCAUGUUAUUAAAAAUUUAAUUUUGGGAAGAUAUAAUUUAUCAAGUUAUUCUUAACCACUGAUUGUUAUUUAUUAGUAAUUUUAGGUAUAUCAGUAAAAUCACACUGCGGCAAAAAUUUUACAGUGCAGCUUUAUUGACUUGUAUGACUAUUCAUAUUUUUUUUGAUCUAGUGUUGUGCAAAAGUCUGAAACAAACUGAUAUUAUUAUCUUAUUGAAGUCAUUAUGUCUAUGUGUGGUUACGAAUGUUUAACGUUAUUAUAUUUAAUAUGAGACAUCUGCGUUUUGUAAAUGCGUAAGGGGCAGCUUGCACUACCUACUGCUUACUAAAUACAUUUUUAGUGGAAACAGAAAACGUUUGAAGGCUUUACGGACGCAGAAUGAUGAAUAUUUAGGAGAUAAUGUAUUAAGUGAGCAGUGGCUAUAGCAUUACUAUAGUAAGAAUCUCCAUAACACUGGAAUAUAUGGCAGGAUAUGGCGGCGUUAGAUUUUUAUAUGCCAACGAAAUAUCAACAACCAAAGUGAAAUGUACCACUUCCAGUGUUAGGGACACGUCUUGCUUUUUGAGAAAAUGAAUAUUCCACUGUUACAUAAUAAACAAUUCAUAGAUUGCAAUAAAAUGAUUUAAUAAUA